AUGAUUGUGAAGUACCUACCAUUAAAACAUCCAACAAACCCCGUGAUUUGUACUAUGAGUGACGGAGAAGUCGAAGAUUUGGAAAUCAAUGCCGGCUUCUUUGAGGAGCCCGAAGAUUUCAGACCCCAGGCUCCCACUGCUUCAGAUAUCGUCUACGAGAGAAAGCACGCUGGUUCCUCCUCCAAUUUGGUUCCACUCAGAUUGAUCGGUUCUUCCCCCCUGUAUGGGCAUAUAUUGACUAAUGCGGCCAAAUACACGGCUGAAUUCCUGGACAAAAACCCAGACUGGGUUUCUGGCAAAACUGUGCUGGAAUUUGGGUCUGGAGGUGCACUUCCAUCCAUUAUCAGUGCCUUGAACGGCGCAAAGCUCGUGGUAACCACAGAUUAUCCGGACGUGGAGCUCAUAAAUAACAUCUCUUACAAUAUCAAACAGAACAACUUGGAAGCCGCGGCCAUUGCCAAGGGUUUUAUCUGGGGUGAUGAUACCACUGAGAUACGAGAAAUCAUCCAGACAGCCACCGGGAAAUCAACCGUGGACCUUCUCAUACUCAGCGAUGUCAUUUUCAACCAUACAGAGCACUCGAAACUCCUUAAAACGUGUCUGGAGCUAAUUAACAGAGACGGUACAGGAAAGUGCCUGGUUGUAUUCUCGCCUCACAGGCCCCAUCUGCUUGACAAAGACCUGGAAUUCUUCCAGACAGCCGCACAUUCUGGAUUCAAACACACCUUCAUCGAAGAACAGAUUUGGUCGCCGUUAUUUGCAUCAGAUACCGACGAAUCAACAGCCGAAUUGAGAUCCAAGGUAUUUGCGCAUCUAUUGGAGAUCUGA